GUUUGGACAGUAAUAUAAUAAUUUGUUCUUAUAAAAACUAUGCUAGUUGUGAUGUAGAAUUUGCAAAUAAAACAUGCAAACUGAAGUUCCUACGUUACCUGUAGUACACUUCAAUACCCAUAAGAAUCUCAAUAGAAACCAAAAUUCUAACUUAGGAAGAUCAUCAGAGGAAACAAAAAUUAAUUCAUCUCAUAAAAAUAUAACAUAUUUUUCAUCUAAGAAAAAAAAUUUACAUCCUUUACUUGGGCGGCCAUACCAGAGUAAUGUUCGACAAUGUCCUUCAGAACAAUCAAAACUUAAUAAAAAUAGUAUUGAACAGAGAGUUUUAUCUGCAAAAAUGUUACGCAUUAAAGAACUACAAAAUCAGUUAGCUGAUGCACACUAUCGAUUAAAUGAAUUAGCAAAUGAAAAUAAAUUAUUAAAAGCAUUACAGAAAAGACAAGAUUCUGCAUUAAAACGUUAUGAAGGAACAAAUGCUGAACUUCCGAGAAUUAUUAAUUUACAUCAUGAGGAGUUGAGAGUACUUCAAAGUAAAUAUAAAAAGUUAAAAACAUUACAAAAGGAAACCUGUGAUUUAUUAAAGGAAAAAGAAAAUGAGCUUCAACAUUUACAGGCACAAAAUAAACAUUUAUUACAACUCAGUAAAGAUCGUAAUUUGGGAGAGAGGGAAAAAUUACAAUUAGAAGUUUCUGAUUUAAAUCAUAGAAUACAACAACAGCAAAAUACUAUACAGACACUACAUAAAAAAUUGGGUCUUGAAACUAAAAGUUUAAAACAACAAUUACAUCUAGAAAUUUCUAAACGAAAAGAAACACAAAAACAUUUAGAUGAAACAGGAGAAAAAUUAAAAACUUUAGAAAAUUUAUUAGAUAAUAGAGAACGAAGAUUAUAUUAUAGUGGACAAUUAUUGUUUCCUGACAAGAAUCGACGUUUUGGCACGCAAUCUCUUACAAACUUAAGAGAUAUUAGCUCAUCAAAUCCAUUAAAAAUACCAGAUAAAAACAGAAAGUGGCAAACAGAUAUUCAAAAAAACAGUUUGGCUGUACUUUAUACAUCUGAAUUAAAUGAUAAGAUUAAAACAGAGGAAAGAGUAAAUUCAAAUCAAACUUUAGAAUAUAUAAAAUCUGAAACUAUGACAAAUUUAGAACAAGUACGAAAAUAUCGUCUUCAAAAAUCACCAUACGGAAAUACAUCAAAUAAUUUAGAAGCAAAAUCGAAGGAACUAGAUUUCACUAUAAACGAAAAUUCAGAGAUUUCAGUAGAUUUAGAAAAAUCAGAACGAUUAGAGGACCAACAAAAAGAGGUUCAGAGAUAUCAAACAAGCGCAGAUAAAUUUAGGAAAAUAUAUAACAAUCGAAAAUAUGAAAAUUUUAUCUGUUCAUCUGAAGGUAGUGAAAGCGAGAAUGAAAAUGAAAAUGGAAAAAAUGAUUAUAAGAAUGCAACUAACAAUUCUAAACAAUUGCAUGCAAGGUUAAUUAGCAGUGCAGAUGACACUUCAGAUUCAAAGAAAUUAACAUUUUCUGAUUGUAAAUAUAGAGAUAAAUUGAAGAUUUUAAUAAGAGAGAGAAAAAAUGCUUAUGAAAGUGACUCAGAAAUAGAAUCUGAAAUAAGGAAAGAAUCAGUUGAACAUUACUUAACAGUGAAUCAUCAAAAUAAUGCACUUAUUUCAUCUGAGUAUGAUCAUAAUCAAACUCACUAUAAUUCUGAUAAAGAAGUAGAAAAAUUAUCAUGUUCAAAAAAUAUUUUAAAUGAAUCACAAAAUGUUCAUCAAAAUUUAAUUGAUAAAGUGCACAUACAAACUAAAAAUAUAGAGAAUGAAAAUAUACAUACUCAACAUGAUGUGCAAACGGAACGUAAAAACUCAGAAAAUAUAGAAAACUAUAUAAUUGAACAAACUAAAACACAAAAAUUUAAUAAUGCAAGUAUGACAAAAAAUGAUUUUGAAAAUAAAUCAUUAUUACAAACAUAUUCUAAAGAUGAACAUGAUACAUCAUUUAAAGCUAACAACACAGAGUCGGAGUCAGUAAAUGGAUCUGGUUUUAAACCAGAAAUAUCACAUAUAAAUGAAAUUCUUUUUAAUGAUUCACAAAAAAAAUCUUCUGUAAAAGAUUUAUUAAAUUCUUCAAGCAAUUUAAGUAAAGGAGCAACAAAUAAAGUAGUUACAACAGAAGUAGAAAUACAGAGUAAAAAUAUAGUUCAAAGUUAUGAUUUAGAAACAAAAAAUAAAUUAAAUAAACAAGAAUUGGAAAAUAUUGAUACAGUCUCACAUAAUAUACAAUCUCUUGGAAAUGAUUCAGUUCAUGAUAUAUUAACUGAUGUUAGUAUUACAACUGAAAAUAAUGUAAAAACAAAAAUUACUAAUUAUAACAAAGAGAAGUUAUUAGCAUCAAUGAAAGCUAUUGAUAAUAAUGAAAAUAUUGAAUUUAUCAACCAAGAUUAUGGAAAACCUGAUAUAACAAAAAGAAAGCAAAUGAUAGAAAAUGUAUUUCAUAAUUUACCAUCUCACGUGAAAAAAAAGCAAGAUAUCAUUAAAGAUAUAUUUGAUACCGAUGUAAUUAAAAAUGAAUCAACAGAUAGUUGUGAUAAAUUACAUUGACAUAUAAAUGAAUAAAAGAGAUUAAAGUAUUUGCA